CUGCUCCUCCUGCGCCUUAACUCAGCAGUGCGGGGAUUAGGAGAGAAGCAGCUCCGCUCACUCAGCCACCGACAGACGGAGGGAUUGCAAUAAGCGUGAAUCAUGCUCGUCGUCACUACUACCGGCUGGGAGUGGAGCCGAAAUUGUGCAAGAUACGGAUAACAGCUUUUUUGGAGAGCUCCGUUGCGCACCGCGUCCCGCGUCCUCCAGCUUCCUUCCCUUCCUGCUGCCGUGAACAUGUUUCACCAGGAGAACCGCUGCUGCCGCCGCCGAAGCCGCCGCUCGGACCCUCUUCACCUCACAUGUGUUUCAUGUUGAAGAAGAAGAAGAAGAAGAAGUGACCUGGAUAAACCUGUGAGGAUUCAGCGAGGGGAGACAACCAAAAAAAAAAGAAAAAAAAAGAAGGGGGAUAUUUUCUCUUUUUUUUUUUCCUCGCCGUGCGGAGAUUUUUUUUUCUCCUCAAGUGGACGAAGAAAGGAGUGAGGGGGGAGAAAAAAAAAGUUGAGAGAGGAAACAUGGGGAACGCAGGGAGCAUGGACCAGCACACUGAUUUCAGGGGACACAACAUGCCCCUGAAGCUGCCCAUGCCGGACCCAGGUGAACUGGAGGAGAGAUUUGCAAUCGUUUUGAACUCGAUGAAUCUUCCUCCAGACAAAGCGCGGCUCUUGCGGCAGUACGACAAUGAGAAGAAAUGGGAACUAAUCUGCGAUCAGGAACGAUUCCAAGUGAAAAACCCGCCUCACACGUACCUCCAAAAGCUGAGGAGUUAUCUAGACCCUGCAGUCACCAGAAAGAAAUUCAGACGGAGGGUACAGGAGUCCACCCAAGUCCUGAGAGAACUGGAAAUUUCGUUACGGACCAAUCAUAUAGGGUGGGUGAGGGAGUUCCUCAAUGAAGACAACAAGGGCUUGGACGUGCUGGUGGAGUAUCUGUCCUUUGCACAGUAUGCCGUCACGUUUGAUGGCGACAGUGUGGAGAACAACCCAGAGGCUGCGAUGGACAAGUCGAAACCCUGGAGCCGCUCUAUAGAAGACCUGCAUGGAGGAAGCACCUUGCCGUCUCCCAUCACUGGGAACGGUAUCACCCGAGUCGGGAGACAUUCCACGUUACGUUGCAACACACUGCCGAGCCGGAGAACGCUGAAGAACUCCAGACUGAUCUGCAAGAAAGACGACGUCCACGUCUGCAUCAUGUGCCUGCGCGCUAUCAUGAACUACCAGUACGGCUUCAACAUGGUCAUGUCACACCCACAUGCUGUGAAUGAAAUUGCACUAAGCCUCAACAAUAAAAACCCCAGAACUAAAGCUCUGGUUUUGGAGCUCCUGGCGGCAGUUUGUCUCGUGAGAGGAGGCCACGAAAUCAUUCUCUCCGCGUUCGACAACUUUAAGGAGGUAUGUAUCGAGGACCAGCGGUUUGAGAGGCUAAUGGAGUAUUUCAAGAAUGAGGACAACAACAUCGACUUCAUGGUGGCGUGCAUGCAGUUCAUCAACAUCGUGGUGCAUUCAGUGGAGGACAUGAACUUCAGAGUUCAUCUACAGUACGACUUCACCAAGCUGUGUUUGGACGACUACCUAGACAAACUAAAACACACAGAGAGUGAUAAGCUGCAGGUCCAGAUCCAGGCGUACUUGGACAACGUGUUUGACGUGGGAGCUUUACUGGAGGACGCAGAGACCAAAAAUGCUGCCCUGGAGCGGGUGGAGGAGCUGGAGGAGAACAUGUCGCAUAUGACAGAGAAGCUGCAGGACAUGGAGAACGAGGCCAUGUCUAAGAUCGUGGAGCUGGAGAAGCAGCUGAUGCAACGGAACAAGGACCUCGAAUCCAUCAGGGAAGUCUACAAAGACACCAGUUCGCAGGUACACUCACUGCGGCAAAUGUUGAAGGAGAAGGACGAGGCCAUCCAGCGCCAGAGUAACCUGGAGAAGAAGAUCCACGAGCUGGAGAAACAGGGAACCAUCAAGAUCCACAAGAAGGGAGACGGGGACAUCUCAAUCCUACCGUCCCCACCCUGUGGCGUGGAGGGUGCGCCAGGCGCCGUGACCGGAGGAAACGGCACAGUCGUUGGUCCAAACAUCGUAGGAGUUGGAGCGAGCACGGCCGCUCCACCUCCACCGCCUCCUCCACCUCCCCCACCGCCGGUCAACGGCACAUUGCCAAACGGACCAUCAUCAACAAUCCCAGCAGCAGCUCCUCCACCUCCACCCCCACCUCCUCCUCCUCCGCCUCCACCCCCAGGACUGCCCUCAGAGAUAUCAGCCCCUCUGCCUCCUCCGCCUCCACCUGUCGCACCCCCGCUGCCUGGCUGCGGGACGCCCACUGUCAUCAUGAACUCUGGGUUAGCAGCCGUUAAGAUCAAGAAACCCAUCAAGACCAAGUUCCGUAUGCCCGUCUUCAACUGGGUGGCCCUGAAACCAAACCAGAUCAAUGGCACUGUCUUCAAUGAGAUUGACGAUGAGCGGAUACUGGAGGACUUGAACGUCGACGAGUUUGAGGAGAUGUUUAAGACGAAAGCUCAGGGCCCGUCGAUCGAACUCACCAUGAGCAAGCAGAAGGUCAUCCAGAAGGGGCCCAGCAAGGUGGCUCUGCUGGACUCCAACAGGGCAAAGAACUUGGCCAUCACGCUGAGGAAAGUGGGGAAGACGUCUGAGGAGAUCUGCAAGGCCAUUCAGCUGUUCGACCUACGGACCCUCCCGGUGGACUUUGUGGAGUGUCUAAUGCGCUUCCAGCCCACAGAGAACGAGAUCAAAGUCCUGCGGCAGUUCGAGAAGGAGCGCAAACCUCUCGAGAGCCUGACGGACGAGGACCGCUUCAUGAUGCAGUUCAGCAAGAUCGAGCGGCUCAUGCAGAAGAUGACCAUCAUGGCCUUCAUCGGCAACUUCACCGAAAGCGUGCAGAUGCUCACGCCGCAACUACAUGCGGUCAUCGCGGCAUCCGUAUCCAUCAAGUCAUCGCAGAAGCUAAAGAAGAUUUUAGAGAUUAUCUUGGCACUUGGAAACUACAUGAACAGCAGCAAAAGAGGAGCAGUGUACGGAUUCAAGCUGCAAAGUUUAGACUUGCUGCUCGACACCAAGUCGACGGACCGUAAGAUAACCUUGUUACACUACAUAGCCAACGUGGUAAAGGAGAAAUACACACAAGUUUCUCUCUUCUACAACGAGCUGCACUACGUGGAGAAAGCCGCGGCAGUGUCGCUGGAGAACGUCCUGCUGGAUGUGAAGGAGCUGCAGAGGGGCAUGGAGCUGACCAAGAGAGAAUACAGCAUGCACGGCCACAACACCAUGCUCAAAGACUUCAUCACGCACAACGAGAGCAAACUGAAAAAGCUGCAGGACGAUGCCAAGAUCGCACAGGAUGCCUUCGACGAGGCGGUGAAGUUCUUCGGGGAGAACUCCAAAACCACGCCGCCAUCUGUCUUCUUCCCUGUGUUCGUCCGAUUUGUUAAGGCCUACAGGCAAGCGGAGGAGGACAACGAGCAGAAGAAGAGACAGGAACAGAUUUUGAUGGAGAAACUUCUGGAACAAGAGGCCAUGAUGGAGGAGGACCAGAAGUCUCCAUCCCACAAGAACAAGCGGCAGCAGCAAGAGCUGAUCCAGGAGCUCAGGAGGAAGCAGGUGAAAGACAGCCGCCACGUCUACGAGGGCAAAGACGGCGCCAUCGAGGACAUCAUCACGGUGCUGAAGACCGUGCCCUUUACCGCCCGCACAGCCAAGCGCGGCUCUCGGUUCUUCUGCGAGCCCGCUCUCAAUGAGGAGUACCAUUACUAAGCUUAUAGAACUCUGUCUCUUCUCAAAGGUUGCUGGAACAAAACGUUCUCUUCUUUAUGUCUUGUUUUUUUUUUUCUCCUCCUCCUCCUCCCUCCUUGCAUGCGUCUUCACACUCCUCCUCUUUUUAACGCUCAUUUCUCCCUCUUCGGACCUGUGCUCGUGUCUGAUCUCAUGGUUUUCUGGAGACAACGCGCACACACGCCUGAGUGUUUGUUCACCUGUUUUCUCCUCCCCUGAGCACGACGAAGGUGUCGUCGGACUUUUUCUCUGCCCACCUGCAUGAAGUGUGACAUCCACAUUCAUCGUCAUUAGUCCACCAGACACGGCAAAACCAUAAUGUCACAGAGAGAACCGCCUCUUUUCUGUCUCCUGUACUGACAGGAGAUUAAAAGAGGUGAACUUUUUCCUCUUCACACAACUGAAAAGUUAAAGCUGGGUGCUGCCAUCUAGUGGCCAUAGAUUGAAAACAAAUGGGGAGCAACGGAAGGCAUCCGUCAGAGUUUUUCUCUCAUUAGAGUCUAACUCAGGGAUCUGGUCCUCGUGAGCUACUGUCCUGCAGGUUCUAGAUGUUUCUGUACGUGCAACACAACUGACUCAAACUAAUGGAUCUCCAGCAGUUAAUGAGUCUGUUAAUGAUCCAUUAGUUUGAAUCAGGUGUGUUGCAAGUACGGAAAACCUGCAGGACAGUAGCUCACUGGAGAUCCCUGGUCUAACUGAACGAUCUGAUCUGGUGAGCAACACGCUGCGGUCCAUCUUGUAGUAUACAACAGAGUAUAUACAAGCAGGUAUGACUACUGUUAUAAUGUGUCGGUGCCUGUGGCAUUAUAACUUGCUUUUCUGUGUUUCAGUCACUGUUUUAAUUCAAAAAUGAAUGUUUGUGUGUUCACAUUCACAUAUUGUUGUCCAUUCACUGUGCUGCAUGCCAAUUGCUUCGCCCCUGCUGCUUUCCCACAAUGCACCCCUGCUCUCCCACAUUGCUCCUGCUGCCUCUUGUCGGAGGACUUUCUGCGGUCUGGCAGACUCGCUAACACUGUGCAUGGCGUGUACAUAUAAAUUUGUUUGCUACUAACAUGCGAUGAGGUGUCCUACGCCUGUUGUGUUGAAACUAACUCACGGUGUUUCCUCCCCUGGGUGCUUGCAUGCUUUGGUUAGUUUUCUGGUGGUGUUGCUGUUGAACAUGACAAUCCCGCUGCGCCCUGGAAUCAGAUUUGUUUAUUGCAGUUGCUCUGUACUGGGAGUUUGAAAUAGGCUCUACUUUCUGUCCUGCUGGUAGCCACUUCGCAAAGCAGUCUGGGUCUAGUAACUGGAAAAAAAAA